AUGUUGGUGUCUGAUUUUUUUGGUCAAGAGCAUAAUUUUACAGUGAAAGUUGUCUUUUCUCAUUAUAAUUAUCAUUUAACUUGUUUGAAGGAUUCUAUUCGUUCUCAAGAAUCUUUGAUUUUUGUAGUUGGGCAAUUGGAGAUUAUUGGAAACAAAUUUUAUAUUUAUGCUAACGACAUUAAUUAUGUUAAUACAUGGUUUAGUAAUAAGAAGAG